CACCCGGCGACAACCGGGUUGUCAUGGAGCCGCGGGGCCGGGCUCGCGCAUGCGCUCCUGGACCUGCGAGUCCGGUUGUGGAGCGGCGAUUCCGGCCCUAGAGCAAUCCCAAUGAAAAGAGUACUGAUGAAUCUACUUCCAGCCCAGUAAGUCAUGGAGAGGAAAAACCCACCCAGAGAGAGUCCCCGGAGACUCUCGGCCAAACCAGGCAAAGGCACAGACUCGAAGAAAGGCGCUCGGCAACUCGGCCUGGCAGCUGCUGAGUCAGAUAAGGAUUCUGGAUUUUCAGAUGGGAGCUCAGAAUGUCUGAGCUCAGCAGAGCAGAUGGAGUCCGAGGACAUGCUGAGCGCCUUAGGCUGGAGCCGAGAAGACAGACCAAGGCAGAACUCCAAGCCUGCAAGCAAUGUCUUCCCUACACUGUCCCCCAUGGUUGUCAUGAAGAAUGUGCUGGUCAAACAGGGCCGCAGCUCGUCCCAGCUCCAGUCCUGGACGGUCCAGCCCUCCUUUGAAGUGAUCGCAGCACAGCCGCAGCUUCUCUUCCUCCACCCGCCGGUACCAUCUCCUGUCAGCCCGUGUCACUCUGGCGAGAAAAAGUCGGACUCCAGGAACUACUUGCCCAUUCUAAAUUCUUACACCAAAAUCGCUCCGCACCCAGGCAAAAGGGGCCUUUCCCAUGGCCCAGAAGAAAGAGGAGACAGUGUUAUGCAGAAGAAAAUCUGUACUGAGAGACUCGGGCUGAGCCUGUCUUCCAGGGAGCCAGCCAAGGCGGGCGCUGUGCCAUCCAGCCCCCCCACGCCAGGCCCGCCCGGCGCCAAGCUCGCAGAGGACUCCGCUCCGCAGGGGGUGCCGUCCCUGGUGGCAGGUGGAAGUCCACAGACUCUUCAGCCGGUCUCUAGCAGCCACGUGGCUAAAGCUCCCAGCUUGACCUUUGCCUCCCCCGCCAGUCCUGUCUGUGCAUCAGACAGCACUCUGCACGGGUUAGAGAGCAACUCCCCACUGUCACCCCUGUCCGCUAACUAUAGCUCACCUCUGUGGGCCGCUGAGCACCUCUGCCGCAGCCCCGAUGUCUUUUCAGAGCAGCGGCAGAGCAAACACAGGCGCUUUCAGAAUACUCUUGUCGUCCUUCACAAAUCCGGUUUGCUGGAGAUCACUUUGAAAACCAAGGAGUUGAUUCGUCAGAAUCAGGCGACUCAGGUAGAACUAGACCAGCUGAAGGAGCAGACCCAGCUGCUGAUCGAGGCGGCCAAGGGCAGGGCUCCCCAGGCUUGGGCCAAGCUGCAGGCCUCUUUAACGCCUGGCUCUAGUCAUCCAGGCAGUGACCUGGAAGCAUUCUCGGAUCACCCAGACAUAUAACACAGAAGGCAUACUUUCCUGUGACUUGAGUGGUUCUUUGUAACUCUUUUUUUGCUGUUUUCUUACUCCUAUUUCCCAAAGCUUAUGUCAGAGCUUUUUCUUCUAACUUAAAUUGUUUAGCAGUUCCCUUAUGAUGCCACUUUUGAAGUACUUGGCUACUGUCUUAACCUGUGGGCUUUGCACGUUCCACAUAUGUCUCUACUCCACAGAGGAUUCAGGUUCAGAGUGACCUUGAGUCCCUUCUCCUUAGCCUUUAGGCAGAGUGGGCCAUGGGGCAGAGCAGGAGAGGUGACUGUGUGGGGCUCUUCACAGCUGUCACCUCCCACUGUCCCGCUCAGAUCACAAGCGCAAUGACGUGGGUAAGCAUACAGAGCGAACCUGUCAAGCCAGGGAGUAGGUGAAAUCAUGAUCCCUACAGUGUCUUAAUCACAGAGAAAACUAAGAGGAGGUGUGAGGAUUCCACAAGAACUGGCUGUUUGGGUGAAGCUACAUGCUCCAGGCACAGGUUGGGUGCAGCAAACAAGCAGUCACUUAAAAGGCUUUGUUUUCUUAAACUUGAAAGUCAAGGAGUAAAAGUAGCACCAUUAGCUCUUACACUUCAACCACAGGCCAGACUUCCCUCAAACUGGUCAGAAAAUUACUUCAGAUUGUUGUGAAUGGAUUCAUUACCACUUAAAAUUAGAGUUGAUAAUUGCUUUCUUGAUUUAGAGUCUGAAGAGAGUAGACAUGGCUGGCAUCUCUUCACCAGAAGCUGGAAGAUUCUGGUUGUUUAUAUUUUUCCCCCUCUUUGGAAUCAGUGACCUAUUUUAUGUGUGAAAACUUUUAAGACAGCUUCACAGUUCUGAGGGAGUAUUCUAAGUUAACCAGACCUCUGCUGCCUUUUUUAAUUCUUGUUUUCAUAAAAGAGGAAAUAAGUGAUAAUUAAGCUCUAUAAACUUUGAAUCAUAAGCAUCCUGAGGUUAGGACAUAGAAGUCCAUGAAAGGGUGGAAGGGCUUUCUUCUACUACUUGCUCUUCACAUUCAGCUUUCACUUGCCCGUGUCCCUGCCGUGGAAGGUUCUGAGGCAGAGUGCUCUGUGCUCCUCGUGCAGUAGGUAUUGGCUACCAGCCAGCGGCGGCUUUGCAAUGCUGGCUGUGUGAAGUUCAUCUGGAAAUGGAGGGCACGAUGAGAAUCACUAGGCGAUGGACAUUCUUUCCUCUUCAUUAUGAAGGUUAACUUUCGAUUUCUAAGUAGUAAAGUCUCAGACUUUUUAUCCUCUAUUAAAAAUGUCAUCUUGAAAAUCUCAGUCUGAGUUACCAUAAGUUCUGUAUGACAGCCUUCCUCUUUCCUACAAGGAAAAUGUUCUUGAAAUCUUACCAAGAGCAGAAGUUUAGAGUCUUGAAAUAUCUUUCUCAUAUGUACUAGGAAUUUGUAACUUUAAUGUAGUUUUAAAACAAGGUGCUUGGUUGCCGGUACUUUGUUCUCAAAUAGAUCUGAUGUGUAUAGGACCAGUUUAGAAAUAAGCAACUUGGUGAAGUCUCUAAAUUUUCCUGAUCAGGGCAGAAUUACUAUUUGCCAGUUGCUUUCUGAAAGAGUUACAAAAACCAGAGCAAAGGUGGCCUUCAAGCAGACUCAGCUUUUAAUAUUUUUCUCCUGGCAUACUCCCUUGGCCCCCCGAAUCUCUGUGGUACUAUAGAAGCUCUGCUCUGCGCAUCAUGCAAGGAAGCUUCCUUUUUGGGAGCAUAUGUUUGGCAGCAAAGCUGUAGAGACAGGUGCAUUCAGAACAGCCUGGGCACCAAUCAUAAGUCUCCCUGAGUGGCAGAAUCUGAAUACGCUUGAUGAGAACCAAAUGCCUUCUGUGUAAAACCUCUCUGUGGAGCUAUCAGCCUCUUGGACUCUUCUUCCUAGCUGAAGGUUUGCCUUUUCCUUCCUGCCACAGGAAAAGUGAUGAAAGCCAUCACUGAUCCUCACGGCUGAGUAGCAGGGAGAGGUGACACCACUCCCCCACUCAUCUUGGAUCUUGUAACUUAGCACUGCAAGUCUCUAUGCUGUGAGCAUGGGUGUUCUUUCCCCAGCGGAGUGAUUCGCAGAUGAAGCCAAGUCGAGGAGCUAGAUCUUGGAAGGUGAGAUCCACUCAGGGCUAGCAGACAUUGGGGGCCAGAAGCCAGAUCGGCAAGUGGACGGACCUCGGCGCUGACCAGGAAGUGCUCCAGUGUUGCACAGGCUGUAAGUAGUAGCGUGUUAGCGGUGCAUGAUUUGAUCUGGUAGGAAGUGCCGUGGCAAAGCUACAGUUUUCUGAAAGUGAAAAGCCUUUCUUACUCCAACCCCUGAAAGAACUUUUGGCAAAUUUUGUUGGCCGUAUCGAAACACAUCUAGAAAAAGCUGCUGACUGAAUUGGUUAUGGGAACAGAGUUUAAUGACAUGUGUGAUUUAUUACCCUCUCACUGCUUCUAAUUGAUUAUAGUAUUGUCUGACUUUAUUCUGGUUUCUUCAGCAGAAAGUACUUCUGCAUAUAUUGAAGUGUUUUUCCAGCUAUGAAUUUAGGGUAGAGAUUUAUUUACCAAAUGUGAAUUCUUUUGAGGAAGUAUGAAGUUUUGUAGAAAUUGACUGUGAAAUGUCAGAGAAAAAUAAAAGUCACUUACUUGAAAACUAUUUGGCCUUUAUACUUUAUAACUGCUGAAAAAUACUAAGUGAAGUCCAGAGAAUUGAUUGACAUUUCAAAUGUCUGUGUGCGUGUCGUUUGGGAA